AUGUCUUCGUCUUCCUCGGAGCUGCCCUACUUUUGUCCUCGCUGUGGCGACGAGUUCCGUUUCUCGUCUGUACCUGAGCUCCGGUCUCACCUGGUCAGCCGGCACACCUACGAGACCCUGCUGGUCCUGUCGCAGGCUCGGGUUAGAAGCUCCAGGCCUGGUGCUCUCCUCCCACUGCCCAGCCAAGCUGUGUCCCAAAGACAGAGCUCUCCUCUGGACAAGGAUGCCCACAGCCUCCCCCUGCCACUGGCCUGCCUGGACCUGGCCUCCUCGUCUUCCUCCGUCCAGCUGCUCAGGGAAAUGUUCGGCCCUUCAGAUCGCGCUCUCCCCUCUUCCGCAGGACCUCCAGAGGACCCCUUCACUGCUCUGGCCUUCCCCAGCUGUCUGGAGCCUUUUCCAGGUGGGAAACUUGGUGAGGUAGGGGUCCAGCUGGGGCUGGAUUUGGGGCUGUCAGUGGGGAUCGGUCUGGAGGAGAGACUCGGGCUGGGCCUGGAUCGUAAAAUCGCCCGGACGUUUGCAGAGGUGGAGGAGAGGGUGAACCGCCGCAUGGGCCGACUGAAGGUGGAGCUACAGAGGAGGGAGGCGGAGCUGGAGCUGGAGAGGCAGGACGGGGAGCGACUGAAGAGCGAGAAACAGGAAGUGGAGGAGAGGGCGGCGUACCUGUCCAGACAGGUCUCUGUCGCCAUGGAGAUGACGGAGCGAUUAAAGAAAGAUCUGGAAGGAAAAGAGAAAGAGCUGAGUGAACGACAACAGCAGAUGGUGGACAUUGAGUGUUUUCUGAGGGACACAGCAGAGAAGGAGGCAGAGGCCAAAUCCAGACUGCAGGUGUUCAUCGAGACGUUGUUGGAACGAGCCGAUCGCGCAGAACGACAGCUGCUGCUGCUCAACUCACGCGCACACCGUAACCAUGCCGACGCGUACGCCGACCCGUACGCGCUCACGGGGGAAUACGCACCCGUACCUGGCCGAGGAGGACGCAGUCUGGAUGGCAGCGCUGAUGACAUCGUCGCAGACAAAGCGCUGGGAACCAUCGGCAACCGGAGGAGUUACAGUGUUUCAGGCUCCUACAGACUGGGCGAGCAGCUGUACAGCCACCAUCACUGCAGCGGUCUGAGCGGUCAUAUGCGGACCUUGUCUCUGGGUUCAGGGGGGUGGGACGGCGAGGGGGCGAUGGUCCAUCUCCACCCUCAUCACUACGCUCCAUCGUGGACUGGACGAGGGAGAGGAGGAGGAGGCGGGAGGAGAGAGAGACUGUGGGUUGGCGAGGGAGGAUGUAGGAGAACAUGGAGCCAAAGAAACCGUCGUCACCAUAGCACUGAGGAGGAGGAGGAGGAGGAUGAAGAAGAGGAGGAGGGAUUCUGGAGCAGCGCAGAGAUGAGGAGACUCGUCUUCGCCAGGUCACACACAUUUGUUUCAGCAGCCCCCUCCUCCCUACAGUCCACCCCGUGCCGUCGCCAUGGCAACAGGCGACUGGGGGCGGACACCUUGAGGUUGAGGGCGGGGCUUUUCUGCGUGUUUCCAUAUUUGGAUGUGCACUCCUUGCUGCGUGCGGCCGAGGUUUGCUCUGACUGGCGGUUUGUUGCCAGGCACCCGGCGGUUUGGACCCGCCUCCGGCUGGAGAACGCCCGGGUAUCGGCCGAGUUCCUGACCACUCUGUCUCAGUGGUGUACUCAGACUCAGUCUGUGGUUCUGGACAACCUGAAGCCUCGAAGCCGACGAGCUGACGAGACGCGAGAGGAUUACCACAAGAGCACUCGGGGCAGCGUGGAGCCAGGGGUGGAGGCCCUGCUGCGUUCAGCAGGGGGCAGUCUGCUCCACCUGUCUGUCUCUCAGUGUCCUCACAUCCUCACAGACAGGACGCUGUGGCUGGCCAGCUGCUACUGCAGGAACCUGCAGACGCUCACAUACAGGAGUUCAUCAGACCCUCCUGGUCAGGAGGUUCUGUGGGCCCUGGGUGCAGGCUGUAGGAACAUCAGCAGCCUUCAGGUGGCGCCAACUCACCCCUGCCAACAACCCGCUCGUUUUGGAAACCGUUGCCUGCAGACGAUUGGUCGAUGCUGGCCACACCUCUGCUCGCUCAGUGUGGGUGGGGCCGGCUGUGGGACCCUGGGAUUGGUUGCUUUGGUGCGUAGCUGUGCUGACCUGCAGGUGCUGGAGUUAGAGCGUAUUACCGACCUCGGCCUGCAGGUGGUGACAGAGCUGUGCGAAGCGGGACUGAAGAGUCUGGAAACACUGAUCCUGACACACACACCUGUCAGCGGCCAGGCCAUCCUGCACUUCCACAGUAUGUGUGAUAACAUCAGAUCUAUAGAGGUCCAGGUCUCUGUGUCAGAUUACUUCGAGGAACCGGACUCUCAGGAAGCUCAACAUCUGUUUGGAGAAAUCCUCACCACACUAAAGGUUCUUCAGAAGCAUCCUGGACUGUGUGACAUCUUGCAUGUUAAAGCCGAAGGAUUUUGCUAACCACACACUCAC